GGGUCUGGGACCGUCUUCUGCAGAUCUUCAACCCGCUGUCCACAGUGACUGCGCCCCAGCAGCCACAGGAGUCUCCUGCGCCCGGCUGCCGCCCCAUCCCCAGUCCCUCUGGCCUUGGCGCACCAGGCCCCAUGGUGAUGAGAAGCAGCCGGAGCCUAGGCCAGCCUUGGGCUGGCUUCUGCCUGCUGUUGGCCUCUCUACAGCUUGUGAGCUGGACGCUGGCUGUGGAGCCUGUGGAUGUACUGAAAGCCUUGGGCAUCCGAGGGGGCCUGGCCGGGUUUCCUGAGGGUCCUGGCUUCUGUCCCGAGAGGGCACCACAAGGUGACCGGGCCUUCAGCGUGAGCAAGUCCAGCUUGCUCAGCAUCCCCACAUGGGAACUCUUUCCAGAUGGUCAUUUUCCUGUGAAUUUCUCUGUGUUGCUCACUCUGCGGACGAAGCCAGGCAGUUGGUCUGUCCUUCUGUCAGUUUAUGAUGACAAGGGUGGCCGACCACUGGGGCUGGCACUGGGGCCAUCUCUGAGACUCCUUGGUGAGUCCUUCAGCCCCCUCCCCCAGCAGGUCAACCUCACAGAUGGCAGAUGGCACCACUUGGCCCUCAGCGUUGAUGGUGACAGGGUGACUCUGGUGACAGACUGUGAACUUCAGGCCUCUGUGUGGGGUCGGAAGCCUCAGGUGAUCAGUGCAACUGGAUUCACUGUCUUGGGGACCCAGGACGUCCAGGAGGAGACUUUUGAGGGUGACAUCCAGGAGCUGUUGAUAAGUCCAGACCCUCAGGCUGCCUUCCAGGCCUGUGAGCAUUACCUCCCCAGCUGCAACACUCUAGAUCCUGCAGUCACAGAGGGCCCCAAGGAUGAACCAGAAACACGUCCACCUCAUCGCAAAGGGAAGGGCAAAGGGAAAAAGAAAGGGCGAGGUCAUAAGGGAAAGGGCAAGAAGAGAAAGAACCAGGAGACCCUGCUGCCAAGCCUACUUCCUGACUCCCUGGAGAACCAGACCUCUCUUGACACCCCCGAGACUGAGUCACCCGUUCCAAAGUUGCCUCCAACUUCUACCCCUUUGUCUGUCGCCACCACUGUGACUAUUGGACACAAUGUCACCAUCCUACAGGGGGCAUUGAAUUCUGAUACUGAAACUGAGCUGAGCACUGCAGAGAUUGAGGUUACCAAGGAGGAUGGAGACAGAGAUGACCCCACCAUGGGCCCCAAAUUCCAUGCAGCAGAACAGCCUUCACGGAUGGAGUUCCAGAUCUUUCCUGGUGCUGGAGAGAAGGGGGCAAAAGGGGAGCCAGCGGUGACAGGACAGGGCCAGCAGUUUGAGGGACCUGUGGGAGCCCCAGGACCCCGGGGAAUACCUGGCCCUUCAGGCCCCUCUGGGCCCCCAGGAUUCCCUGGAGCCCGUGGUCCACCGGGCCCCGCUGGCCUCCCAGGAAUCCCCGGUAUCGAUGGAGUCCGGGGCCAACCUGGCACAGUCAUCAUGAUGCCGUUUCAGUUUGCAAGCAGCUCAUUGAAAGGACCCCCAGUCUCCUUCCAGCAGGCCCAGGCCCAGGCAGUGCUGCAACAGGCUCAGCUCUCCAUGAAAGGGCCUCCUGGCCCAGUGGGGCUCACUGGACGCCCAGGCCCUGUGGGCUUCCCUGGAUACCCAGGUCUCAAAGGAGAAUCAGGAGAAGUUGGGCCACAGGGUCCUCGAGGAUUACAGGGUCCUCCUGGGCCCCCUGGCAGAGAAGGCAAGAUGGGUCUCUCUGGAGCAGAUGGCGCUCGGGGUCUCCCAGGAGACACAGGACCUAAGGGUGACCGGGGCUUUGAUGGCCUGCCUGGGCUGCCUGGUGAGAAGGGCCAGCGGGGUGACUUUGGACCUGUGGGACAGCCUGGCCCUCCAGGAGAAGAUGGUGAGAAGGGCUUGCAGGGACCUCCAGGACCCACUGGCCAGGCUGGGGAGCCGGGUCCCCGAGGUCUGAUUGGCCCCCGAGGCUCCCCUGGUCCUCUGGGACGCCCGGGUGUGACUGGAAAAGAUGGUGUGCCAGGUGCCAAAGGCAAUGUGGGUCCUCCUGGAGAACCAGGCCCCCCAGGACAGCAGGGAACCUAUGGCUCCCAGGGAAUUCCAGGCCCCCAGGGGCCCAUCGGUGUUCCUGGGGAGAAGGGUCCCCCUGGAAAUUCCGGGAUUCCAGGUAUCCCAGGAGAUGAAGGCCCUCCGGGUCACCCAGGCCAUGAGGGUCCCAUGGGAGAAAAAGGGGCUCAGGGUCCACCAGGGUCCGCAGGCCCUCCAGGCUAUCCUGGACCUCGGGGUGUGAAGGGUACCUCUGGCAUCCGAGGCUUCCAAGGAGAGAAGGGAGAGAGGGGAGAGGAUGGCUUCCCUGGUUUCAAGGGUGAUGCAGGACCCAAAGGUGACCAGGGACCCCCAGGACCCCCAGGUGCCAGAGGAGAAGAUGGUCCAGAGGGACCAAAGGGGCCGGAGGGACUGGCUGGGGAGGAGGGUGCCCCAGGAGCCGUGGGAGAGAAGGGCAAGCUUGGGGUGCCAGGUCUCCCAGGUUACCCAGGACGCCCAGGACCUAAGGGAUCUACUGGAUUUCCUGGGCCCCUGGGACCUCUUGGAGAGAAGGGCAGAAGGGGCAAAGCAGGGCAGCCGGGGGAAGAAGGAGAGCGGGGAACACCAGGCACCCGUGGAGACAGAGGACAGCCAGGGGCCACAGGCCAACCUGGCCCUAAGGGUGAUGUGGGCCAGGACGGGUCUCCUGGGGUCCCUGGAGAAAAGGGUCUCCCUGGUCUGCAAGGGCCCCCAGGAUUCCCUGGACCAAAGGGCCCCCCAGGUCCCCAGGGAAAAGAUGGGAUACCUGGACACCCUGGGCAAAGAGGGGAAUUGGGCUUCCAAGGUCAGACAGGCCCACCUGGACCAGCUGGUGUGUUGGGUCCCCAGGGAAAGGUAGGAGAUGUGGGGCCUCUGGGCGAGAGGGGCCCCCCGGGUCCCCCUGGGCCUCCUGGUGAACAAGGUCUUCCAGGUCUAGAGGGCAGAGAAGGGGCCAAGGGUGAACUAGGACCCCUUGGACCACUGGGGAAAGAGGGGCCACCUGGGACCAUGGGUGUUCCUGGCCCUCAAGGAGCCCCUGGAGAUCCGGGGCCCAUUGGUCUGAAGGGUGACAAGGGUCCCCCAGGCCCAGUCGGGGCCAAUGGUUCCCCUGGUGAGCGUGGUCCUGUGGGCCCCUCAGGCGGCAUUGGGCUCCCUGGCCAGAGUGGAGGGCCAGGCCCUGUUGGUCCCGCAGGAGAGAAGGGUUCCCCGGGAGAACGUGGUGCACCUGGUCCCACUGGCAAAGAUGGCAUUCCAGGGCCCUUGGGGCUUCAAGGACCCCCUGGAGCUGCUGGGCCUUCUGGUGAAGAGGGAGACAAAGGGGAACUGGGGGCCCCUGGCCACAAGGGAAGCAAAGGUGACAAGGGAGAUGCGGGCCCACCUGGACCGCCAGGGAUCAGAGGUCCUGCAGGUCAUCCGGGCCUUCCGGGUGCUGAUGGGGCUCAGGGUCGUAGGGGACCUCCCGGCCUCUUUGGACAGAAAGGAGAUGAUGGAGUCAGAGGCUUUGUGGGUGUGAUUGGCCCCCCAGGCCUACAGGGGUUGCCUGGCCCUCCUGGAGAGAAAGGCGAGGUUGGAGAUGUAGGAUCUAUGGGUCCACAUGGAGCGCCAGGUCCUCGGGGUCCCCCUGGGCCCAGUGGAUCAGAGGGCUCCCCAGGGUUGCCUGGGGGUGUAGGUCAGCUGGGUGCUGUGGGAGAAAAGGGAGAGCCAGGGGAUGCAGGAGAUGCAGGACCCCCAGGGAUUCCUGGCACCCCAGGGCCCAAAGGAGAAGUUGGUGAAAAGGGAGACUCAGGCCCUUCUGGGGCUGCUGGACCUCCAGGCAAGAAGGGACCCCCUGGAGAGGACGGAUCCAAGGGGAAUAUGGGUCCCACAGGGCUCCCUGGAGAUCUAGGACCCCCUGGAGACCCUGGAGUUCCGGGUAUAGAUGGUGCCAUAGGGGAGAAGGGAGAUGCUGGUGAUGUUGGAGGACUGGGACCACCUGGAGCUUCGGGGGAACCUGGUACCCGAGGGCUCCCUGGCAAGAGGGGUCCCCCCGGUCGCAUGGGUCCAGAGGGCAGAGAGGGAGAGAAAGGGGCCAAGGGAGACACAGGUCCUGAUGGACCCCCAGGCAGGACAGGUCCCAUUGGAGCUCGAGGGCCCCCUGGGCGCGUCGGGCCUGAUGGUCUUCCAGGGAUUCCCGGCCCUGUGGGUGAACCAGGCCCCCUGGGACCCUCUGGGCUUAUGGGCCCUCCAGGCCCCCUGGGGCCAUCUGGCCUCCCAGGGCUGAAGGGUGACGCUGGACUCAAGGGGGAGAAGGGCCACAUCGGGCUGAUAGGUCUUAUCGGUCCUCCUGGGGAGGCCGGGGAGAAAGGUGAUCGGGGGCUGCCAGGUGUGCAGGGCCCUCCAGGCCCCCAGGGAGACCCUGGUCUCCGUGGUCCCACUGGCUCUUUAGGUCACCCUGGACCCCCAGGUGCAGCUGGCCCUCUGGGACAGAAAGGCUCUAAGGGGUCCCCGGGCUCUUUAGGUCCUCGUGGAGAUACUGGACCAGCAGGCCCUCCUGGACCCCCAGGUCCCCCUGCGGAGCUGCAUGGCCUGCGCAGGCGCCGCUCAGUGCUAGACGCCCUGGAGGGUGGCCUGGAGGAGGUGGUGGCCUCGCUCAACUCCCUGAGCCUGGAGCUGGAGCAGUUGCAGAAACCCCUAGGCACGGCCGAGCACCCCGGCCUCGUGUGCCGGGAGCUGCAUCUCAACCACCCACACCUGCAGGAUGGGGAAUACUGGAUUGACCCCAAUCAGGGCUGUGCGCUGGAUGCCUUCAAGGUUUUCUGCAACUUCACCGCGGGAGGAGAGACUUGUCUCUACCCGGAUAAGAAGUUUGAAACCGUGAAAUUGGCCUCCUGGUCCAAAGAAAAGCCUGGAGACUGGUAUAGUACCUUUCGGAGAGGGAAGAAGUUCUCCUAUGUGGACGCUGAUGGCUCCCCAGUGAACAUUGUCCAGCUCAACUUCCUGAAAUUGCUGAGUGCCACAGCUCACCAAAGGUUCAUAUACACCUGCCAGAACUCUGUGGCCUGGCUGGACGAAGCUGUGGGUGAUCAUGGGCGCUCCAUCCGCUUCCUGGGGACCAAUAGGGAGGCAUUGUCUUUCAACCAUACAACACCAGCCACCAUCAAGGUUUCCCACGAUGGCUGCCGGCUCCGGAAGGGACAGGCGAAGACCAUCUUUGAACUCAGCUCUUCUCAUGCAGGCUUCCUGCCUUUGUGGGAUGUAGCCCCCAUUGACUUCGGCCAGACGAACCAGAAGUUUGGCUUUGAACUUGGCCCUGUCUGCUUUAGUAGCUGAGAGUUUUGGAAGCGGGAAGGACAUUGAGGGGAGCCCCAAUUAGGGGUGCUUUUGGUGCUGAGGUUUUGAGACUGUUCUAUUUAUCAGGAGCCAGGGGUAUGCAGGGGGGGGGUGGGAAUGGGGAGUUCAGCUCCCCUCUCCAGGUGAGCUCCUUCCCAAAUCCCUCCAUCCACCCAUCCACUGCCUCCUUCCCCACAUCCCUCCAUCCAGCUAUCCACUGCCUCCUCCAGAAACCUAUGCAGUGAGCUUCUAACUCAGAGCUGAUGAAAGCCUCCCAACUUGUCAUUUCCCAUCACACUCUUAGGUGCUAACCUUUCCCCAUAGUUAAGCACUGGACACCUCCUCACCCUCACCCCUGGCCGGGACCGCUUUCACCCAUUCCUAGUCCCACUUGGCGAAGUGGGGUGGGAGUGAGACUCCCUCCCCUGAGCUGUGCCUAUCUUCUGCCUCCCCCUUGCUCUGCACUCCCAUUAUGUCUCCCCACCCCCAGGUCCUCAGGCUCACCUGCCACACCAGAUGGUUGCGGGAACCAAGACGGUCGGUAUGAAUCAGGGUCCUUAGAGGUGCUGCCCUAUUUAUCAGUGGAGUCUGUAUGAACAGGGGAAUGGGCCCCCUCUGUGGUCUGUUUAACCUGCUUCCUCUGAAGGAAGACUGGGAUAUGAGAGAUUCCAGAAAGAUCUCAGCUCUCCCCCAUCCACCAGCCCCCACCCCCAACAACAACCGAAGGCCAUAGGGCAAAAUUGGCAACUUAAGUCUGAGAAUAAACUAAGGAACUGUG